AAAAAAAAAAAGACUUUAUAAAUAAACAAAUCUCUCUAAGAAAAUUCUUGAAUUUUUCCACAACCUCACAACAUUCUUCCUUCUUCUUCUCCUCCUCCUCUCUAACACUUUUUACAGAGAGAGUUUUUAUAAACCCAGACGAUGGUCAUGAUCAUGAAGAUGUCUUUGUGGUCUCUUUGUUAAAUCAUUUGGUUUGGUCCAAAGCUCUUUCUGGUCUUCAUUUUUUUUUCCUUAAGAGUCCAAUCACAAUCCUCUGUUUUUGGUCCCCUGCUUUGGUCUCUGUUUUUUUUUUUUUUUCUUCAGAUUGAUCUAAAAAAGAUUUGAUUUUUAUCACAAAUCUCGAUAAAUAAUUCAUCUCGAUUUCACAAAAUCCAGUUUUUAUUCCCAAAAUCAAAUCUAAAACACUUUUUUUCUUCUUCCCGUUUACCCCUUUUUGAUCAUCGAUUAUGGGUUGUGCGAGUUCCAAACACCGUAAGCGUUGUAACCAUUGCCGGCGAGGAUAUUCUCCUCCGAUGGAUGUACCGAGAAGUCACUCGGUGCAUCACGCAUCACAAAACUCUGAAGAUAGUUGUCACAUGGUGGCUCUAAGUUCCUCAAGCCUUGGAUCUCUCAAGCUAUGUGAUUCUUCUUUUGGGCAUAAUCACAAACACUUGGCAGACUUCAGUGAGAAGCUUGUUUCUGAAGAAUCUGGGAAAACUGGAAAUGGGUUUGGUCCAAAUGUGGUUAAAGAGAAGUCAGAUAAGGAGAAAUCGAAUUUGGAAUUGCAGGCUAAGCUUAUGGAAGCAAAGGUAUGGUCAAGUAUGAUGAAUGAGAAGAUACCGAAGAUUGUACCGAAAACUCCGAUUAUUACGCCUCCUGGAGAGCCAGAAACGAUUAAUACUUGGGAAAUGAUGGAUGGGCUUGAAGAUGUUUUAAGUCCUUUACGAUCACCUAAUCAUGUUAAGAGUUUUUCGUUUGAUAUUGCUCGUAAUGGCGAUUGCGAACGAGGUAAGUCGAAUGGUAAUGUGAAGCCGGUUUGGCUUCAAAUGGAGGAAGAAGAAGAAGGGUUUGAAGAUUUUGAUCCUGAGAUCAUUUCUUCGUUUAGGAAAUCACUUCAAGAACUUCCUUCUGAUCAUCCGUUUCACAUUUCGAAUCGUGAUUUCGAAUUGAAACCGCGGUUCAAUUUCUCUGAUGAGGAAAAGGAGGAAGCUUUGGAUGAAGCAAGAAAAAGUGUUGGUAAAGAGAAAGUGAUACUUUACUUUACAAGUCUUAGAGGUAUAAGGAAGACAUAUGAAGAGAGCUGCGAUGUUCGGAUUAUACUAAAGAGCCUCGGAAUUAGAGUGGAUGAGCGAGAUGUAUCGAUGCAUUCGGGUUUCAAAGGCGAGUUGAAGGAGUUAUUAGGGGAGAAGUUCAACAAUGGUGUUGGGAUUACUUUACCUAGAGUUUUCUUGGGAAGGAAGUAUAUCGGGGGAGCAGAGGAGAUUCGGAAGUUAAACGAAGAUGGAAAGCUCGAAAAGCUUCUUGAAGGCUGCGAGAGGGUGGAAGAAAACCAAAAUGGUAAUGGUCAAGAAUGCGAGGCUUGUGGAGAUGUAAGGUUUGUGCCGUGUGAGACAUGUUCAGGGAGUUGCAAAGUGUACUAUGAAUAUGAAGACCAAGACGACGACGAAGAAGAAGAAGAUGAUGAAAGUGUAAAGGAAGAACGAGAGUAUGGGUUUCAAACAUGUCCUGAUUGUAAUGAGAAUGGUCUCAUUAGAUGUCCUGUUUGUUGUGAUUAGUUGUUUGAACAUACACACAAGAAAAGGGAACCUUAAAUUGUUCUUUUUUGUUUCGUUUACUAAAUUUGAGUUAUGAGUACUUGAGGGUUUUAUUGCCUCUAAAGAUUUUGUUGUACAUAAAGAGGUUUUUGAUUGUGAAAGUGUAAAAUUGAAAUUAGUAAGUGUUGUUGUCUAUUCUUUGAAAUU